CACCCUUCAUUGAUGUCCGAUUUCUUGAUCAUGUUGCACUUCCAAUGGUCUUACUUCCAAGCUACUUGAUGCUUCUCUCUAGCAAUAGAAGUUAGAUAUCAGUACUUGACAGAUGGCGAGAGAAGAAGCCCUACUCUCUCCUGAAAUCACAGAGCAAGGUGUCCAGGCCACCGGCCCGGAUGCCGGCUCCCUGAGCUUUUCCGUCAGGGUGCGCCGGCGGCUGCCUGAUUUCUUGCAGUCGAUUGACCUGAAGUAUGUUAAACUUGGUUACCACUAUAUCAUAAAGCAUGGAUUGAUGUAUCUUUGGAGUGUCGUCGUUCUCGCCGUCGUCUUGUUGAGCGCAGAGGUUGUGAAGCUGACCAAGGAUGGUGCACAGGGUGUGCUCGACAAGGAGGUCCUUUUCCUUGCGCUACUGUUGGUGGGCCUACUUACUUUUGUGUAUCUUGAGCUGUGCCCUAGGUCAAUUUAUCUAGUCGACUAUGCUUGUUGCAGUCUACCGGAUGAGUACAAGGUGUCCAGGCAAGAAUUUAUUGAGCUCGCUAAGAAGUCAGGCAACUUUGAUGACACCAACCUUGAAUUCCUCCAGCGCACCCUCAAGAAAUCUGGCAUCGGCGAUGAGUCCUACCUUCCAAGGCAUGUUAUUUCUUCGCCUUCGAGGUCCGUGACUAUCGCUCAGGGUCGGGAAGAAGCGGCUGUUCUCAUGUUUGGAGCCGUCGACAGCGUUCUCUUCAGCACCAAAAUCCACCCAAGGGACAUCACCAUCCUAGUUGUGAAUUGUGGCAUCUUCAAUGUUGUACCUUCCCUCUCAGCCAUGCUGGUCAACCACUAUAAGAUGAGAUCAGACAUUCAGACCUACAACCUGGGCGGCAUGGGGUGUGCUGCUGGUGCCAUUGCCAUCGACCUUGCUCGCGCCCUCCUCGAUUCACGCCCCGGCACCUACGCUCUUGUAGUUAGCACUGAGAUCAUCACUGCCACUUGGUAUGCUGGUAAAGAUAUUGCAAUGCUCCUACCCAACUGCUUCCUUCGCAUGGGUGCCACUGCUGUCCUCCUAACAAACCGCCGGCUCGACCGUUGGCGAGCCAAGUAUGAGCUCAAGCAACUCGUCCGCAACCAUAAGGCAGCUAAUGACCAAGCCUUCCAUUGUGUCAUGCAAAAGGAGGACGACGAGAAGAAGAAAGGCCUUCUUGUUGCUAGAGACAUACUGGAGGUAGGUGGACAAGUUCUCAAGGACCACAUCACGACACUUGGGCCGCUUGUUCUCCCCAUCUCUGAGCAGAUACACUUCUUCUCUGCACUGGUCUUAAGGAAGGGGAAGUCUAAGCCAUACAUUCCAGACUUCAAGCAAGCUUUUGAGCAUGUCUGUGUCCUAGCAUGUAGCAAGGUAGUGCUGGAUAAGAUACAGAAGAACUUGGAGCUCACUGAGGAGUACAUGGAGGCAUCCAAGAUGACAUUGCAUAAGUUUGGCAACACAUCAAGCAGUAGUGUGUGGUAUGAGUUAGCUUAUUUAGAGGCUAAGGGAAGGAUAAAGAAGGGAGACAGAGUGUGGCAAAUUUCAUUUGGCUCAGGCUUCAAGUGCAAUAGUGUGGUCUGGGUAGCACUGAGAAAUGCAAGGAAGAAUGAAAAUAACCCUUGGAUAGAUUGCAUUGGAGAGUACCCUAAGGUGGUAUAAGGGAGAAAUAUAAACAAGUACUGCAUUCCUGACUGAUUCACAUUUACCUAGCUCCCUAAGUUUUCCUUACCUUUUUUUUCAAUAAAAGAAACCAUUGGUAAUUCGCAGCUUGUCUAAUACAAAUGCUUACUUGAGUCAGUUAGGGAGUCUGUGGAAUAAUUGCCCUCUAGCAUGGCUUUUGUAUAGAUAUUUCUUGCCAUCACAUUAAUUUUGUAUCCUUCUUCUGACUAUAA